GACCACUCCGUAUUUCCAACUACUCCUCUCAGGCAUACCUAUCGACGAUCCUCUUACCCGUCAACUCCCGAUACAACAUCCAGCACGAAACAUCACUUAGCCAAGAUAAUAGAGUACGACGUUACGACAGCGAAGAAAAGAAAAUCUAAUCAAUCAAAUCUUAUCUCUACAGUAUCCACCCUUUAUUGACGUCCCCAGUACUCCCCCCUUCCAAGGUAAAAUAGCCCGUAGAUCACCAUUGCCCACUGAUGCAAGGCACAUGAGCACCUUCUUAGGUAUAACUACCAACAAGGAUACGGUACGACUUUCAACAUUAUGCCGAGACAUACGUGGUCUUGCAGACCCGAUAUCGGUCGACAUGGAUGAUGGGGGCCAUGGUUGUCGUCUUGUUCCAGCGCCCCAGGGUCCUGUCCAGACAAUCAACAAAGGAAGAAUUUUCUUCUGUUCCAAAUGACCCACGGAGUGAUUCUGUAAGGCCACUUCACUUGGCUCUGCGUUGAGGUUUGAUCGGCCUACAUUGAACUUUUUUGGCAUGCGUAUGUCGUUGUGACGAAAUCGAAUCGAGGCCCUCCGAUGGCACUUCUAACAUUUGAUCCUGGCCGAACUGAAUCAGUCGACACUUGAGUAUCCUGUAUAGUGGCCCAUACUCCCACACUCUGAUACUGAAUUGACAGACGCGCUUUGUACUUGUGCACCACGCCUGCGGCAUCGUAUCAGAGAAAAAGCGCUUCCAGAAGAACAGGCCAGUGGAGCCACCAAGGGCAAGGCCACUGUGUACUUGGUCUCUAAAAGAUGUCACGGUUCAAGGGCGCGUUCGACUAUUUUGCGAUUUUCGUCCAAGCACAACCCUCGCCUCUCGAUUUGUUGCUCCUGGUCACAGGAGUCAUCAGUGCCAUUGCCUCCGGUAUUCCUUUCCCGUUACUUGGCAUCAUCUUCGGUCAACUCCUCGAUGAUUUCAACGACCAGAUUUGCGCCGCCGAUGAUGCACAAGCCUCGGCGACCAGUACACAGCACUACCAGAGCGCGGUCGAUGACAAGGUCCUGUACGUGGUCUACCUUGCCAUUGCCCAAUUUGGCUUCAUGUACAUUCACCUCGUGAGCUGGUCUCUGGGCGGUGCCAGACUGGCCCAACGCCUCCGCGAGCAAUACCUACGCAGUCUCCUGCGAAAAGACCCAGCCUUCUUCGAUGGCCGGCCCGGCGGUGAAGUUUCGUCGCGGCUCAACGGUGACAUAUCCAUGAUCCGCAUGGGCGCCUCUGAGAAGGUCGGCAUCUGUCUAUCCAGCCUUUCCUUCUUUGUCACGGCGUAUGUCGUUGCCUUUAUCAAGAUCCCAAGGCUGGCCGGCAUCUUGGUUGCACUUGUCCCGGCUUACUUUUCCAUGUCGCUGGUCGGGGGCUAUUUUGUCAAGAAGUAUUCUUCUCAAGUGUCCGAUCGCUUUGCCGCCGCGUCGUCCGUCGCGUCAGAGGCCUUGACCAAUGUGGCUGUUGUGCAGGCCUUCAAUGCCAACGACAAGCUGGAAGCGAGUUUUUCAUCGCACCUGCGAUCGGCUAGAAAGGCAGGGAUCGACAAGGCCCUGGCCAACGGCAUCCAGGCCGGCUUGAUGUAUUUCAUCGCCUAUGCCGCUGACGCGCUGGCAUUCUGGCAAGGCAGCCACAUGAUAGCGGAUGCUGUCGCGGGUAAUGGCAAAGAUACGACGAUAGGGGCAGUCUUCACUGUCAUUUUCCUCCUGGUCGAUGCAACUCUGAUACUCAGCCAAAUGACUCCGUUCCUGGCCAUCUUCGCCGGAGCUGCUGCAGCCUUUGGCAAACUGAAGAGAGAUAUCGAUGCCCCUUCGGUAAUCAAUGGGACAGCAGACACGGGCUUGAGGUUGUCUCCCGACUGUGCGGGUGGUUUCAAACUGGAGAACGUCUCUUUUCGGUAUCCGUCAAGACCGGAGCAAGAAGUACUCAAGAAUGUGUCUCUAGAAUUUCCGGCCGGGCAAAAGACUGCCAUAGUCGGGUUCUCGGGGAGCGGGAAAUCGACCAUCGCCAGCUUGUUGCUUCGUCUGUACGACCCAGUCGAAGGCUCGGUGGUCCUGGACGGGCACGAUCUUCGCGAGGUGAACACCCGACAAGUCCGCGGCAUGAUUGGCCUGGUACAGCAGGAUGCCACCUUACUUGACCGAUCAAUUCUUGAGAACAUCGCUCACGGACUGGUGAACUCGACUGCACCUGAACACGAGCGACUUCAAGACACACUUCUCGGGCCUCAACUCGGUUCUGUGGCAGCCGCGAUAAGAGACGGCCGUGUAGCGACAGACGCUGCCCACGAGCAGGGCCCAGUAGUUGAAGAGAUCUUGGGUAUGGUCCAGCAUGCGAUGGAAGUCUCGGAUGCUGCACGCUUCGUCAACAACAUGCCAGAGGGUUUGGGUACCAUGGUAGGGUCCAGUGGAACAAGGCUGAGCGGAGGGCAGAGACAACGUAUUGCCAUUGCGAGGAGUAUCGUCAAGAACCCUAAAAUCCUCAUACUCGACGAAGCAACGGCCUCCCUCGACUCUAGAAGUGAAAGAGAGAUCCUUGAUGCCCUGGAGCGCUGUUCAGAAGGCCGAACCGUUAUUUCGAUAGCUCAUCGACUCUCCACAAUCCAGAAGGCAGACAAAAUUGUCGUAAUGGAGAAUGGCCGCAUUUUGGAAGAAGGAACGCACGCGGAGCUGAUGAGCAAACAAGGCUCGUACGCCGGGCUCGUCAACUUACAGAACCUGGACUCAAAGUCACCAACCCGGCGAGCCAGUGAAGACAUUUCACUGAGCGGUAUGACCGACGUGGACAAUGUAGACAAUGAACUUGAAAAGACCAGCAAAGCCGAUAUGUCCAUCGAAGUAACGAAGGAGCGCGUUGACAUCCCUUCGUCGACGGAGACAUCUGCUGAAACUGAUGAUGAAUCGGUAGAUCAGAGUCUCGGAACAUUGACAAAAUCCAUGGCACGCUUCAUACGCCCUCACGCUCUUGUGGCGCUCUGUGCUCUCGCGGGUGCCAGCAUCGUUGGUGGCGCGUACUGCGCCGACGCUGUCAUCUUCGGCCACACGGUUGGAGGUCUCAGUCCUUGCCGCUCACCGGCACAUAUUCGAGAUAGUGGACGUUUCUUCGCCCUCAUGUUUUUCGUGUUGGCUAUUAUCGAAUUGUUUGCCAACAUUGUGAGUUGGAUCGGGUUUGGCUGGGUGUCCGAGAAGACCAUCUACACCAUUCGGGUCUUUCUCUUUCGUGCCAUCUUCGAGCAGGAUGUCCAGUGGCAUCAGUCCCAGGGCCGCACCCCCUCCAGUCUGCUUGGGCUGAUCACCAACGACGGGAAUCAGAUUGCUGGUCUCAGUGGGUCCAUUAUUGGGACUAUCUUGUCAAUUUGUAUCAAUCUUGUUGCAGCGGUCAUCAUGACAUUGAUCAUAGCCUGGAAGAUUGCACUGGUCUGUAUGGCCAUUGUCCCACUUCUGCUUGGGGUGGGAUUUACGCAGCUGCGUGCUCUAGCUCGAUUCGCGGACAAGCACGAGCACGCGUUCAACAAGUCGGUCGGGAUCAGUGUUGAAGCCGUCAAUUCAAUCAAGACAGUUGCUGCGCUGUCACUAGAACACGAGAUAUUGCAGGUAUAUCGUCGCACACUUGAUGGACCGCGACGAGAGGUUACUGCUAUCAGCUUCCAUGCCAACAUCUGGCUCGCUCUGCAGUACCUAGUCGGUAACCUGGCGUUUGCGCUAGGGUUCUGGUGGGGAUCUAAACAAGUGUUCAGCGGCAUGUAUAGUCAGACACAGUUCAUCAUGGUCGUCUUCUCUCUGCUGGUCAGCGCUCAACUCUGGAGUCAAAUGUUUGCCCUUGCCCCCGAGAUCACCAAUGCGCGGGCUGCUAUUGCCAGAGUCACCAAUGUGAUAGCUCUGGGAUCAUCGGCCAGUUUCCAGGGAUCUUCGACCGUCAGCAAAAAAGACGACAUCGAAUUCAGUGCCGAGACGAAAACCGCAUCACUACAUGGAACAAGGGGAAUGGACGUGAGAAUGCAGAAUGUCCACUUCGCUUACCCCGCCCGCCAAUCUGCUCCCGCUCUCCGUGGUCUCAGCAUUCGUAUUCGCCCAGGUCAGUUCUGCGGGCUCGUAGGACCAUCGGGCGCAGGUAAAUCCACAAUUACAUCCCUGGUCGAGCGCAUGUAUCUGCCGCAGUCGGGUGAGAUCUUGAUCGACGGGAAGGACAUCACCAAGCAGGACGGGAUAUCCUUUCGCGACGACAUUGCCCUUGUACCUCAAGAUGGCGUGCUUUUUGAUGGCACGAUACGAUUCAAUCUGUCACUGGGGGCACGGCCUAGGACUUUAGUGUCGGAUGAGGACAUGAUGGAGGCGUGUAAGCUCGCCAGUAUUCAUGAUACCGUUCUCCAGUUACCUCAGGGCCUUGACACACUCUGUGGCACCAACGGAAGCCAGCUGUCGGGUGGGCAGAAGCAUCGACUAGCCAUCGCUCGCGCGUUGGUGCGUAAGCCCCGACUCUUGAUCCUGGACGAACCGACCAGUGCCUUGGACGCCGAGACAGAGAAAACUCUGCAAGACAACUUGCGAAUUGCGACGCAAGGUAUCACCGUACUGGUGAUAGCACAUCGGCUCAACACUAUCCGUCACGCUGACAAGAUCUUUUUGAUUGAGGCGGGGCAAUGUGUCGACUCUGGGACACAUGACGAGCUUUUUGAACGAUCCGAGUCUUACCGGGCGAACGUGCUCAGUCAAAUGAUUGCAGAAUGAAGAGUCAAAGCAUAGAGGCCGUAGAUGGAAAGCAUCAUAUAAUCUUGAUUGAAAAGUUGAUUUGAACGAAAUGCAUCUCGUAGCAGAUAGAAAAGAGGCGAACCAUAACAAAGUGGUGUGGUUUUUACGCGUCGUUGCUCUACGAGUCACGUGACUUUGCA